AAACUAGCAUCCCUGCAUGUCCUCCCGCCCAACUUGAGCUACGCCCGUGUCGAUCGAUCGCUCUUGGAAAAACCAAAAGACGCAAUGGCUUCCUCCCCCUACCACGCCGCCGUCGGCGUUGCCGUGCUCUCCUUCUUCCUCGCCGUCGGCUGUGCCAACGCGGCACCGGCGCCGCCUCCGGAGGCCCGGGCCCCCACCGCGGCGCCGUCGGCCGCCUAUGCCCUCGAGGACGCGUGCAAGCAGACCGCGCCGCACUACGACCUCUGCAUGGCGACGCUCUCCGCCGACCGGUCCGCCAAGUCGUCGGACACGCUGGGGCUGGCCAGGGUGGCCAUCCUGGCCGUCCAGAAGAACGCGUCGGAGACGGCCACCUACCUCUCCAGCAUCUACGACGACGAGAGCAUCGAGAACAAGACGGUGCAGCUGCAGCAGUGCCUCGAGGACUGCUCCGAGAGGUACGAGGCGGCGGUGGAGCAGCUGACGGACGCGACGGUGGCGCUGGACAUGGGGGCGUACCCGGAGGCGAGGGCGCUGGUGGCGGCGAGCCAGGCCGAGGUGAAGCUGUGCCAGAGAGGGUGCCGCAACGUGCAGGUGCACCGCAACAUCCUCACCAUGCGCAACCGGGACGUCGACCGGCUCUGCAGCAUCGCGCUCACCAUCACCAAGCUGAUCCGUACUCCGUCACCGAGCGCUGCAGAAUAGCUUAAUUUCCUUUCUUUCACUUCUUUUUUUUUCUCCGACGAGAGCAGUAAUUAAUCUGGGAUUCGAUAUGGGAAUUUCUUCGAGACCUUGAAGAUUAGCUCGUUUGUCAAUUGAUGUUUGCAAUUUGAUUGCUAAUUUCUGUUUGCAUCAGAUCAGAUUCCCUAGCCGCUGGUGGGACUGUAGUUGGAUUCAUACGAAAUAGGUUCGAUCACUGUAAGAUCAUAUAGCAAGUUCUUGAUCAAAGAAGGGCCUUGUUUUUAUGCA